CUCUUGUAUGGGUUUUUAAUUUUAUUUGGCUCUGUAGGAUCACAUGUCUGGUGAAGCUAAAAGCUUGACGCCCAAGCAGUGUGCGGUCAUGGAUGUGGCCCUUGAUACCAUAAAGCAAUACUUCCACGCUGGAGGAAACGGUCUGAAGAAGGCCUUCCUGGAGAAGAGUCCUGAACUGUCCUCGCUGAGACAUGCACUGUCCCUCUAUACCCAGACCACCGACACGCUUAUCAAGACGUUUGUCACUACUCAGCAUGCUCAAGUGCAUAAUGGAAAGGGUAUGAGGAUAACACUUAGUGAGAAAAUACAGCCGUCUAGGGGCUCAGGAGUUGAUAAACCAGUAGGGGAAGUAUCCAUACAGAUCGACCUCUUCACUCACCCGGGCACAGGAGAGCAUAAAGUUACAGUUAAAGUUGUGGCUGCUAAUGAUCUGAAGUGGCAGACGUCUGGGAUGUUCCGGCCAUUUGUGGAGGUCACCAUGAUCGGCCCUCAUCUCAGCGACAAGAAGCGCAAAUUCACCACCAAAUCAAAGAACAACAGCUGGGCGCCCAAAUUCAACGAGACCUUCCAUUUUAUUCUUGGGAACGAGGAUGGGCCGGAGUGUUAUGAGCUGCAGGUGUGUGUGAAGGACUACUGCUUCGGCCGUGCGGACCGUGUGGUCGGUAUCGCCGUCAUACAGCUGCGUGAUGUCGCGCCGAGGGCCAGCUGCGCCUGCUGGUGUCCACUGGGCCCACGGAUACACAUCGAUGACACGGGCCUCACCGUCAUGCGCAUCCUCUCCCAACGCUCGGGUGACGAGGUGGCCAAAGAGUUUGUGAAACUCAAGUCUGAGACACGCUCGGCCGAGGAGGGGAGGUGAGGUGAGGACAUUCCUGCAGCAGAAGACUAUCUCAGACUCUUAAGUGUUGGCUGGAUGUCAACACUGUCACCUUUUUGUGUCCACACCAAUGUUUUUGCUGCCCACUGACACCCACAGAGAAGGGCUUUCAGUGGCACGAGAGAGGCCAUGUGACAUGUUUUAUAAAGAGCACUGUUAGUGUAGCAGUGGAUGAGUGGGAGUCAUCCAGAAGAAAAGACUGAACACAAUAUUUUUGUUUUUUCCAUAUAUUGAUAUAAAAAACACACACACAUCCAGCCACUAACAAACUAGCAAAGGACUAGUUAGGGUAGAUACCAGUAGUGAGGGAUAGACAAACAGUCCUGGGUUGUAUUGUGCCAAAAUGUAGUCUAAUUUAGUUUUUUUUUGUCCAUUGGAUAUUUUUUAGAUAAUGAUGCAUAUGGGUGAAUCUCAUGAAAACAUUUGGCU